AUGGAAACCUCUUCUUCUUCAUCAUCUUCUUAUUCAUUUAAAUUCAAUUUAUUUGAAGCUUUAAAAGUAUUAAAACAACAUAUCGACAAUAACAAUGACAACAAAGAUAAUGGAGAUUCAUAUGAAUCAAUUCAAUCGAUAUUACAAAACAAGACAGAGUCGGCUGAUCAGUUUACAGACCACGAUCGCACCUAUGUAUUGACACAACUGUCCAACAUUAUGAUGACCAAAUCAUCACAAACCAUUACCAUUACACAUAUAUUCCGACCGAUUGUCAUUGACCUCGUAUCAAGAUACCUAGCAACUCCAGCAGCUUCACAAUCUGUAGAGACUAGUAGUUUUAUUUUUUCUCAACUUUUACCUAUUACUCCUCAACUUGAAGGAAUCAUAGUACAAUAUUAUCAAAGAGUACCAUCAAUAUUUGAUCGUAUUUCAUUAAUUACCGAUAUUACAAAAGAGAACCAUGAAAGAUGGUUACAAUUAGCGCAAACUUGUUAUCGUCUAUUGAGUUACAAUAGCAAGUUAUUUUCAAACAUUUGGAAUUGGGCUCCAUUCUUUACUCUACUAGAGAUUGAUAAUGCUCGUCUCAGAUGGUAUAUCAUCAAAUCUAUUUGCAUACUACUAAGUAUGCCCGAAAAGAAAUCUGAACAUCUUGUUCAAUUUUAUCAACAAUAUAAUCAUCAAAUUAUUGAACUAGAACAAGAAAUUAAAAGUUAUGAAAGUUCAUUACUUUUUUUAAAUGAUAAUAAUCAAUUACAUUUAAUUAAUAAUAAUAAUAAUAAUACAAUCAAUGUUGAUUCUUCAUCAUCCUCCUCAAACUCUAAAUGUUUAAUUGAAAAGAAAGAUUUAUGUAAUUCAAUAGUAGAUAUUUGUGGAGUAUUAUUAUUUAAAAAAUUCAACCUUACCACUACUACUACAACAUCUACCAUUUCUACUACACCAUUAGGAUCUACGGGUUCGGGCAAGACAACAUUGGUAAAUGAAUUGGCACGUGCUACUGGUAACCAUGACAUUAUAAAGAUUCAUUUGGGUGAUCAGACCGAUGCCAAGGUACUACUUGGUACAUACGUGACAUCGGAUAUUCCGGGCGAGUUCAAGUGGCAGCCAGGUGCUUUGACACAGGCAGUCUCCCAAGGUCGCUGGAUCGUCGUGGAAGAUAUUGAUUUGGCACCUAUCGAGGUCUUGUCAGUCCUCAUUCCACUGCUAGAGAGUAGAACCUUGUUUAUUCCAGGUCGUGGUGAGGCUAUUGCCGCGGCCAAUGGUUUCCAAUUAUUUGCUACGCAGACCUUGUUUGGAGGUGGUCAUUCACGUGCUCAAAACGUAAACAUUCUCUCUCAUCUUUGGACACGUGUCGUCAUUGAGAGUUUGUCCAAUGCCGAAUUGUCGCAUGUUCUCAUCACCCGUUUCCCAUCGCUUGCACCCAUCGUCCCCAAGUUUAUCGAUACUUUUAGCACGUUGCAACGUGCACUGACCAGUCAUUCGGGUGCACAUUCCGAGUUGGCGUCUGCCUCUAGUAGACCCAUCUCGUUGCGUGAUGUCUUGAAAUGGGUGUGGCGUGCAUCCAAGCGUCUGGCCACCACCAAGCUCAACCACAUUACAUCGACCAUCAACGAACUCAUCUUUGUCGAAGCAUUGGAUUGCUUUUGUUCACUUGUCGCCAAACGUGUCCUACGUGACCGUCUCGCUGAAAUCAUUGGAAAGUGUUGGGAUAUUCCAGAGGAUCGUGUAAACUAUUACUCUAAUCUCUACAAACCUUCAAUUGAAAUUGUUCCAAAUGUUGGUAUGCAAAUUGGUCGUUCUCAACUUGUUAAUCAACAUCAUAAUAACUCUACUAGUCAACAACAACAAUCAACUUCAUCCAAUUUUGCACAUACAAUGGCAUCACUUAGAAUGAUUGAAAAGAUAUCAAUUGCAAUUGAAUCAAAUGAACCUGUUUUAUUGGUUGGUGAGACUGGUACGGGCAAGACAACGGUCGUACAGUACAUUGCCGAUCAGUUGGGUCAAAAGUUGAUUGUACUCAAUCUCAAUCAACAGAGUGAUAGUGCCGAUUUGAUUGGUGGUUUCAAACCAGUUGAAAUGCGUCUCCUAUGUACUCCUCUCAAAAAUAGAUUUGAAACACUCUUUAAAAGAACCUUUUCAGAAUCUUCCAAUGCCGAAUUCCUCGAACGUAUCAAUACAAGUUAUGCAAACAAAAAUUGGAAACAAUUUGUUACUCUACUUGGUAAAGCUGUUAAAUUGGUUGAAAACAAAUUUAAUAACAAAGAUGAUGAAAAUAAUAACACUACAAGUGGUGGAAAGAAAAAGAAACAAAGUGAUACUAGUACCACUACUUCUACUUCAAAGAAAUCAAUUAAACCAGAAUUAAGAGAACAAUGGAAACAAUUGGCAAAUGAAGCAACAAGAUUACAAACACAGUUACAAAAAUCACAAUCAGCAUUUGCAUUUUCAUUUGUUGAAGGUGCAUUGGUAAGUGCACUACGUCAAGGUCAUUGGGUACUUUUGGAUGAAAUGAAUUUGGCUUCAUCAGAGACACUCGAGUCGCUUAGUGGUCUGUUUGACGGUGGAUCGUUGACAUUGACUGAAAAGGGUGAUGUUGAACCAGUACCACGUCAUGCCAAUUUCAAGGUGUUUGCUUGUAUGAAUCCACCUACCGAUAUUGGUAAACGUGACCUUCCACCAGGCAUUAGAAACAGAUUCACAGAGUUUUACAUUGACGAGUUGGAAGCAAAGGCUGAUCUAGCUCUUGUAGUCCGUACCCUCAUGACUGGUAUCGUAGCUCAACCUCCAGUCGAUGACAUUGUCGAAUUCUACUUGGCCAUUAAAAAGGAAGCUCAAAACAAACUAUUGGAUGGAUCCAACCAAAAACCUCACUUUUCUCUACGUACUCUCUCCCGUGCCCUUCACUAUGUUCGUCAAGCUACCCCUCAUUUUGGUCUUGCUAGAGCUCUCUAUGAAGGUAUCAACAUGUCCUUCCUUACUCAAUUAAAUCGUAACUCAAUUCCUCUUGUUGAACAAGUUAUUCGUCAAUUUAUUAGAAAAGGGGAACAAUCAAAAUUUAAUCAACCAUUAAAACAACCAACAAAUAAGCAUAUUCAAAUUGAACAAUUUUGGGUAGAGACUGGAGACUUACAACCACAACAACCUGCACAUUAUAUUUUGACACCAUCGAUCAAGGCCAAUUUAAAUAAUCUUGCACGUAUUUUGGUUAGUCGUAAACAUCCUAUCCUUUUGCAGGGACCUACCUCUAGUGGAAAGACUAGUAUGGUAGAGUAUUUGGCACAGAGAACAGGUCAUAGAUUUAUUCGUAUCAACAAUCAUGAACACACUGAUCUCCAAGAAUACCUCGGUCAAUACAUAUCGGAUGAACGUGGUCGUUUGGUGUUCCAAGAGGGUAUCUUGGUCGAGGCUGUCCGCAAGGGGUAUUGGGUAGUAUUGGACGAGUUGAAUUUGGCACCCUCUGAAGUACUCGAAGCUCUCAAUCGUCUGUUGGACGAUAAUCGUGAGUUGUAUAUCCCAGAGACUCAAGAGACUGUCAAACCACAUCCAUCAUUCAUGUUGUUUGCCACACAGAAUCCACCCGGUCUCUAUGGUGGUCGUAAGAUCCUUUCACGUGCCUUCCGUAACCGUUUCCUCGAGCUCCAUAUCGACGAUAUUCCCGAACACGAACUCGAAGAGAUUCUCUCCAAGCGUUGCAGUCUCCCCCCAAGCUACUGCAAAAAGUUGGUUGCUAUUAUGCGCGAGCUCCAAACCAACCGUCAAGGCGCUAGCCAAGUUUUUGCCGGCAAGCACGGCUACAUCACGUUCCGUGACUUGUUCCGUUGGGCCGAGCGUAACCCAAGCUCAUACGACGAGCUCGGUCGUGCCGGUUACAUGUUGCUCGCCGAACGUCUCCGCAAGGAAGAGGAGAAAGCCGUCAUCCGUGCCGUCAUUGAAAAACACCUCAAGAUCAAACUCGACCCCGAAGAGAUGUAUGGCUGUGGCGACAAUGACACCGAGUUUCAACAAAUGCUGGGUAUUGUGGCCAAGGAGAUUGACAGUGGCAACGGACACGGUCUCGAAAAGAUUGUGUGGACGCGUGCCAUGAAGAGACUCUUUUCCCUCGUCGGUCACUGUCUCAAACAUCGUGAACCAAUCCUUUUGGUCGGUGAAACAGGUUGUUCCAAGACAACCAUUUGCCAAAUCUACUCGUUGCUCAACAAACAACACCUCAAUAUUCUCAAUUGUCAUCAACACACUGAAACGGCCGAUUUCCUCGGUGGUCUACGUCCAGUUCGUGGUCGUGAACAAAUCCUAUCAACCAUUGAAACUCUUAUUCACAAUUAUGAACAAUUGGUCAAUUUAGAAAGAGAUUCACUUUCCUCCUCAAAUAAUAUUGAAGAAUCUAUUAAAAAAUUAAUUGAUUCUUGGUCAAUUAAAAAAUUAGAAUUACAACCAAAACAACAAGAAGAAGUACAAGUACAACCACAACCAAAGAAAAAUAAUAAGAAAAACAAACAACAACAAAAGAUGGAUAUUGAUUCUUCUUCUUCUUCAAAUGAUGGUAAUCAUUCUAAAUUAAUAGAGGAGAUUGAAAAAAUAAUAUCAAUGAUUGAAAAGAAUUAUCAACAAUAUUGUUCAUUAUUUUUAUGGGUUGAUGGCCCAUUGGUAGAAUCAAUGAAACAAGGUAGUUAUUUCUUGAUUGAUGAAAUAUCAUUGGCCGAGGAUGCUGUUUUGGAACGUUUGAAUUCAGUGUUGGAACCUUCAAGAUUGUUGGUACUUGCCGAAAAGGGUGGUGUCGAAAUUGAAGAACUUCGUGGUCACCAAGAAUUCCGUAUCAUGGCAACUAUGAAUCCAGGUGGUGAUUUUGGUAAAAAGGAGUUGUCACCAGCCAUGCGUAAUCGUUUUACAGAGAUUUGGGUGCCUGCUAUCACUGCUCGUGAUGAUUUGGAACAAAUUGUUCGUGAGCGUUUUGAAGAACCAGUUCUCACAGCCCUUCCAACCUCCCCUUCCAAGAUGCUCGACUUUUUAGAGUACUUGGCAAUGGUACAAAAGAAUAAGCGUGUCAUCUCGUUGCGUGACAUUCUCUCUUGGGUCUCUUUUAUGAAUAUGUGUGCCAAGAAACAACUUUUAUCGCCAUGGGACAGUUAUGUACACGGUGCUUGUCUUGUAUUGUUGGAUGGGUUUGGUAUGGGUUCCAACUCUUCUUCGGAAGCUGAUGGUGUCCGACUACGUACUCUUUGCAUCGACCGUAUUCUCAGUCAAAUCGAAGAUGAUGCAGCACGUCAGUCGUUGACCAGUUACUUUAACGCUGGCGGUGCAGGUGACUCACGUCCAGUUGCUGGAUUGGCUGCCAAUCAAUCAACCUCUACUUCAUCAACAUUUAUCCAAGCCGACUCGUUUGGUAUCCAUCCAUUCUACAUUCACCGUCGUGAAAGUACCGACACUGUCACCCCAUUCUCUUUGGGUGCACCAACUACAUCGCGUAAUGCUCUGCGUGUACUUCGUGGUAUGCAGUUACCCCGUGCCAUCUUGAUUGAAGGUUCACCCGGUGUCGGCAAGACCUCUUUGAUCACAGCUAUUGCCCAAGCAUCUGGUCAUCGUGUCGUCCGUAUCAAUCUCUCUGAACAGACCGAUAUCAUGGAUCUCCUCGGCUCUGAUCUCCCCGUUGAAGGUGGUAAAGGUGGUCAGUUUGAAUGGCGUGAUGGUAUCUUCCUCAAAGCACUUCGUGAAGGUGACUGGGUUCUUUUGGAUGAACUCAAUCUUGCUUCACAAACCGUACUCGAAGGUUUGAAUGCUUGUCUCGAUCACAGAUCCGAAGUAUUCAUUCCAGAGUUGGGUCGUACCUUUACAUGCCAUCCCGGGUUCCGUGUGUUUGCCUGUCAAAAUCCAUUGCAUCAAGGUGGUGGUCGUAAAGGUCUGCCCAAAUCAUUCCUCAAUCGUUUCACCCAGGUCUUUAUCGACCAGCUCGAUCACCAAGAUCUCUUGUUUAUCUCGUCUGCCAUGUACCCCCUCAUCUCUCAAGACACCCUCACCAAAAUGAUCCAAUUCAAUCAUCUCCUAUACCAACAUUCAAUGGUUGAAUCAAAGUUUGGUCGUCGUGGUGCUCCUUGGGAAUUCAAUCUUCGUGAUAUCUUUAGAUGGUGUGAUCUUGUCGUUAAAGAUUCAAAAGCAUAUUUUGAACAAGAUAACAACAAUCAAAUGGAAUUGGAUACGAACAAAAAGAAUAAGAAACAAGUUAAAGUUCCAACCAAGGUUACUCCAUUGGUAGUAAAAAACAAUCCAUCAAGAUUUAUAGAUUUAAUUUAUCUUAGAAGAAUGAGAAGUGAAGAAGAUAGAAAAUAUAUUCAAGCACUUUAUAGACAAGUAUUUGGUACAAUGGAUGAAGAGAUUGAUUUCGAGUCUGAUCAACAUCCAAACUUUUCAAUUACAAGUCAAUACCUUCAAAUUGGAAAGACUAUAUUACCACGUCGUCAAGAUGGCUCUCCCAAGUUGGAUUCGAGCUCUUCUUCUGAUAUACUUUUACUCCAACGUAUGCUCAACCCAAUGGAAUCACUUAUGAAGUGUGUCGAGUUGAAUUGGAUGUCUAUUCUCAUUGGUCCAUCAUCGUCGUCCAAGACAUCGUCUAUUCGUUUACUUGCUCAACUCACUGGGAAUCAAUUGUUUGAAUUCUCAAUGAACUCUGCUGUUGAUACGACCGAGCUACUUGGUGGAUUUGAACAAGUCGAUUUGGUACGUCAUCAAAAGGCUGCCGUCGAUGCUACCCAUACACUCAUUCGUCAGAUGAGUUGUGAUAUCCUUGCCAUUAGCAAUGACAAUGGAACAUUGUCUCAAUGCUCUGCUGCUCUUCAAGACAUUCAUGCUGCAUGGGGUAUCUUUACCACACGCGCCAAGUUUUCAUCCGAUGCUAUUGUCUCACAAAAAGUACAGGCUAUCGAUAUGGAGCAAUUCAACAUCCUCUCGCAAAUCCUUACUGCAUUGGACCGUGUAGUUGACAAGUUUAGAGUCAACUUUGCCGCUGCCAACGACUCGGACACCAGAUACACACAAGCAAUCGGAUCUAUCCGCAACCAAAUCACUCGUCUCCAGACCAUUGAAAAGGAGUCGGUUACAGGUUGCUUUGAAUGGAUUGACGGUCUUUUAGUACGUGCACUCGAGACGGGUGCUUGGAUUGUAAUUGACAAUGCCAAUUUCUGUAACCCAACCGUGCUCGAUCGUCUCAACCCUCUGCUCGAGCAGGGUGGUGUACUCGUACUUAACGAGCGUGGUAUGGUCGAUGGCGCCGUCAAGGUUGUCAAACCACACCCCAACUUUAGAAUCUUUUUGACCAUGGAUGAGCGCAAGGGUGAGAUCUCGCGUGCUAUGCGUAACCGUGGUAUUGAAAUCUACAUGGAUGAACCACCCGUCAACUCUAUCGACACACUCAGACUGUUAGCCAGUAUCGGUAUCCCAUCGUAUGCCUUGGCAUCCAAGAUGAUUGCAUUCCAACAACAAGUACAAAAGCAAUUUGGUACGUCGGUUGAAAACCCACUCACCAUCUCUCAUAUCCUCUAUUGGGGUCGUCUCUUACUCGAUCAAUUACAACGUGGUCAAGGUCUAGUCAACGCACUCUAUUCUUCAAUGGACCAAAUCUACGUUCGUCCACGUCGUCUUGCUUCUCAACGUUCUUCCAUUCAAUCUGUCUAUCUUAACCUAUUCCAACAACAGAAUAGUGAUAAUGGAACUAGCAAUCUCCUCUUGGAUGAUAAUGUUAAUUUCCGUCAUGCCAAUUAUUUCCCAGAUAUUAUUUAUCAUUUGGAUUCUGAUCUUUCUCAUUUAUUCCAUUAUCAAUUGGAUCAGUUCGACAUUAAUGAUGAAAAGAAACAAUCUCAACCACAACCUCAACAAACAAAUGGUAAAAAAGGAAAGAAACAACAACAACCUCAACAAACAUUACCACAAUCAAUCAACUCGAAUGAUUUGAUUAGAGAUAAUUUCCUUACACUGCCAUCAUUAUUGGUAUCAAGAAUGGUUUAUCAUUCUGAAAAGAUAACUUUGGAAGAAAUCAAACAAUCACAAACCAUAGAACACUCUGAAAAACUUUCAAGAUAUACAAAGGUAUCAGGAGAAUAUGUAAUUGAAACUACAAGUCGUGACAAUUUUGAUCUUCGUAGACAAUGGUUAUUGGAUAACAAGGGAGAAGAUUAUGUAAUGGUGAUGAAACAAUUAUUUGCAAUGCCAUUAUUUAUAAACUUUGAAGAAAAGAUGAACAGUCUCUUGGAAUCGAUUUCAUUACCAACCUAUUUGUCACAAUACCAAGGAAACCAAUGGACAAAUAACCAAUCACUCUUUGAACUCGUCCAAGAACGUUCGAAGUGUGUUCCACAACUCUACCAACGUUGGCAAGAGAUUUGUGCUGCCAUGUCACUACUCAAGACCUCGAUUGCCCAUACUCUUGAAGUUUGUAGUGAGACUCGUGCCUGUGAGUCGAUCCUUGCCAGCCUAACCACUCAAUCAACUGCCAUCUCUGCCAUGUCUCCAUUUGCUCAAUCCUAUCUAUUUGCCAGUAAAAAGAUUACUCGUGAUGCAAUGGAUUUUGAAAUAGUAGCCUAUAUCUAUCCAUUCUUUAAAUCAAUUCAUGAUCAAGUACAACUUUGGAUUUCAAAUAUUGGUGAAUCAAUCUUUGACUCUCAAAACAACACUACUACUGUUUCCGCUGCUUCAGUUGAACCAAGAUUACAACAUUUAAUUAGUUUAUUGACAGCAUUUAGACGUAGUUUAGUUGAACCAUCAAUUACAUUUGAUCAAGGUCAAUUUACUAUUAGAUGGAGAUGGAUUGUUAAAGAGUUGCGUCAACUUGUAUCAUUAUUCAACGUUCAAUUGGCUGGAUCAUUGACUGCCGUCAUGUCUCGUAUCGAACAGAUCAUAUCGAGUGACGCAGAGACACACGCCAGCAACAACCGUCUUUGGAAGAUGGGUGGUCACCCAAUCGCCAGCAAGACCGAGGAGAUUGCAGCUCUAGAAGACACCUUUUACCAAAUCCAACGAUCCAUCGACUUUAACCACAACCAAUUGAUGGUUGACGCUCCCUCUGGUCAUCGAUCUUCGCGUUUGGACAAUGAAUGGAAACACACAUUUGUUGAAGCCAUGUCUACCCUCUAUUGGAUCAACGAACAAUACUAUAUCAAGGACAAACAAAGAAACCUAUUAAAGCAACAACAAUUUGAUGAUGCCAAAUCAUUGAUUCCAUCAAUUGCCAAGAUGCGUGAUGUUCUCGAUGCCAAAGUCAAAGAACUCGUAGCACAAGACGACAAAAAGAAACAAGACACCGAUACCGAUGCUGAAAAGGAACACUUUGAAAUUGCAAUGGUUCGUCACUCACGUGAAGGUAUGUGGCCUGUCUAUGCCCACUAUUUGGCUCGUCUCGAAUCAAAGAUUGUUUCCGAACUCAUCUCUCUAUUUGCUCCCGACAAUAUGGAUCGUGAACAAGGAUCGAUGAUCACCGCUCGUAUCCUCCCCAUUCUCACCCAUGUUCGUCCAACCAUCUCUGAAUACAUCAAUCAUUCCAUUGAAUUGGUUCCAACUCGUUCCCCUGCCGACUAUGUCCCACUUCAAAAACUUUUAUGGAUGAUUGAUGCUCUUGUAAUGACUCAUCAACAAGAACAACAAGAGAUAUUAGAUCAACAAGAGAAACAAUCAAAGAAUAACAAGAACAAUAUCACUACUACAACUAAUUCAGUUUCAGUUUCAAUUGGAAUUGAAGAAUUACAAUCAACUAUACAUAAUAUAGUUUAUUCAUUCAAUUCUGGAUUAUGGAAUAAUAGUUAUAAUGAUAUAUCGUAUGUUGAACGUCCAUCUCAACCAUCAUACAUUUAUCGUCUAAAGUUGAUGCCAUCAUCAUCGAUGGACACUAGUGACGAGCAUAUGGACACUACUGACCCACUCAAGGUGUCGUAUGGUCCUCCACGUCUACUCCAAAACAUUCAGAGUACAUUCUCAUUCUAUUUGGCCACCGACUGGAAGAAUGCAUCCGUUCUUGAAAUCCCAGGCAAGAUUGGUCAGUUGGAGAGUUUGAUUGCUCACAUUUCCCAAGUCAAACCAAUUCCAACAUUUUCAAAUGAAUGGCGUACCGCUAUCAUCUCAUUGGUCACCACUAUAUCUCAAUUUGGAAAGUCAUACGACCAAGUCAUUUGGUCAACCAUUUCAACUCAGUUGACUAUACUUUUGACCUAUAUUUUGGCCAAUGAUAUUACUAUCCGUAAGUCCAACAAUCAACAACAAGUAGAACAAACAUUUGUUGAUAAUCUUGCUGGUUUACUCAAACAAUCAAGUGACACUUAUUUGGUUGAUCGUAUCAACCGACUUGUCCUACCAUGUCUCACUUUGGUGGUACGUGUUACCAAGACAUCUGCAUCGCUGUCUGCCUCUGACCAACAGCUCAUUCUCGGUCAGUUCAACUUGUUACUCGGUUGUUUCCGUCUUUUAAUGUUGGUACCUGCCCAUGCAGUUGAUCCAACACUCAAAUACACCAUCGUGUCACAAUACUCUCGUGAACAUGGUGACGAGUUGGCCGACCAGCUCCAUGUCCGUCGUUCCAUUGAAAAGGAGCAUAGUGGACGUGACUCUAAUAUCACCAUAAAGUCACUCGAGCAACGCAAGCAACAUGCCGACCACCAACACCAACAACAACAGAAAAAGAUUACACUCCGUCCCACUCCAUCUCAAUUCCCAGCCAUCCACAGAGACUUGGCUCAAUUCUCUCAACAAUUUGCCAAUAUCGAUAGAAUCAUUGAUUUGGUUGUUAGAUUUGGAAAGAUUGUUCAAAAGGAUGAAAAGGAUGAAAGUAAUAAUAAUGCAUCGGACAAGGUAACAGGAUUCCGUGAACGUAGUUUGGAUGAAUUUACAAUGUUAUUGUCAACUGAAAGAAUGUGGCAAGAAAAGGCAUCCAACUUUACAUUGCUUUUGGAACGCAAGUAUGUUGUUGCCUACAAGGAUAUUGUGGUGCCAGUGUUGACAGCCGUCUACAAUAUGCGAUAUGGUUUACGUGUAAUGUGUGAUGCUGCAGUUGACAAACGUUCGUUUGACACUUCGACGACCACCAACAAUAGCAACUCACACGUACAACAUUUGCAAAAGGUCUUGUCGUCACUUGCAACCUACCCAACCACCACGAAUGCCAGUCCACUUGAAACAUGUCAUUUGCUAGUUGGUAGUGACACUAUCACUGGUAUCCGAUCAAUGGUUGCACAACAAGCUGUCACCAACAAGGACGCCGCUGCCAACUACAAGGUCAUCUCCUUGUUGCUCCGUUCUGCACUCUGCCAACUUUUUAGCCAUAUUGCCACAACCAGCCAUCUCACCUACGAGACUGUAUCUUAUAUCGACGAGAUCUUCCGUGUCUUUAUCGACGAGUACAAACACCAAGAAGAAGAACGUGUGCGUCGUGAAGCUGAAGCUGCCUCAACCGUCAAGUUCCGCACCAAGUGCCACAAGGUCGAGACCAAGGAAGAAAAAGAAGAAAAGAUCUUCAUGUCAUCGUUCCCAAGCUUUUACAAGGACUUUGCCGACCUUGAAGACAUUGAACAUGUUCAAGAAGAUGAUGACGAAGCCGACCAAGAUCAAGCUGGCGCUGCAGCAGAUGAAGGUGAAGGAUACUUUUACCAAACUAUCAAGAGUGAGGAAAUCCAACAGAUAUGUUUGUUGCAUCGCAUGAUCUUCCAUCAUUUGGAUGGUAUUGCUUUGCCAAAACAUACACAAGGACAAGACCAACACCCACUGUCAUUGGACGAAUCGGACCGUGUAGAGUUGUUUAAAUUGUUUUACGAGUGUGCCAGUGUCAUGAUGAAGGUACUCAGACAACGUGCUCCACUCGAGUUUGAUAUCGAGUCGUCGGGUGCCCAUUUGUUGGCUGCCAGUGCACUCCGUGACACUCUCAACUACCGUGCUCCAUCACUCAUCACCUACUCCAAGCUCGACAAGAACUUUAAGUUUAUCCGUCAAGCAUCGUCGUUGGCACCAACCACCUCAUCCGAGUCAUUUGUCACAACGCAUCAACACCGUAUCUACAAUAUCUACCGUGACCCUAAUCUCUCGGAAAUUGUUAUUAUUCGUGAACCCAUGCUCUCGAUGAAGGGUCGUGUCAAUGAGCUCUUGGUCGAGUUCCCCGAACACCCCAUCCUCAUGUUGCUCGUCAAGUUGAUCGAACGUAUCCUCGGCUACCCAUCGAGUGACCCACUCAUCAAGAUUGUCACUGGUCUCGAACUACUAGUACGUAAGGCUCAGGAAUGGGAGACAUUUGCACACAAGGGUAUCAAGCUCCAAGAACCACAUCUCAACAACAUCCAUCGUAUCAUUACAAGAUGGAGAAAGAUUGAAAUCGAGAGUUGGCCAACCGUAUUCCAAGCUCAAGAAAAGGAAUGUGAAUCCAAAUCACUCCGUGAAUGGUUUACCCUCUACCCAAUCAUCAACGAUGCUCCAUCCGACUCGGUUCUUGAAUCGGGUGAAUCCAUGAAAAUCAGACUCGACGAGAUCUUUAAACUCCUUCAAGAUUUCAUGUUCACAUCUACCUAUGGUGAUAUCAUGACCAGAUUAUCAUUAUUAAAAUCAUUCUCUCAACAAUUAUUUGCUUCCAUUCAAUUAUCAAAUCCAAAUGAACAAAUAAUUGAAAGUGAAGAAAAGGAAGAAGAUCAAAAGGAAAAGAAUCUUUUAUAUUACAAUCAAAGAUUAUUCUUUGUAAUUCAAAAUGUUUACAAAUAUUUCUUUAAUUUCUUACCUCAAUAUGAAAAGAAAUUAACACAAUUAAUUCAACCAAUUGAAGAAAAGGCAAUUGAAUUUAUUAGAUUAGCAAGAUGGGAAGAUAAUAGAUUAUUAACUCAAUAUGAAAGAUUAAAACAACAUAUUGAAAAAUCUCAUAAAACUUUGGCUAAAAUUACAAUUAAAUAUAGAAAUUUAUUAUCAUUAUCAUGUAAUUCAAUAUUUAAUGAAAUUGAUACAAAUCAAUUGGAUAAUGUUGUAAAUGUAUCACAGGCAGUUUCAACAAGAAAGACAAAGAAUAUAAAGAAGAAGGGUAACAAGAGACAAGUGACCAAUCAAAUCAAUAAUAAUAUAGAGACUAUUCAAGAUUGGACAAGUGUUAAUCCAAAACGUUAUAUUCUAUCUGCUGAACAAUUGGCAUCAAACUCUGCCUGCUCGAUGACCUCGAUUGUUGAAUCCAUCAAGCACAACGAUCAAGUAUUAAAGGCAUUUAGUUUGGACAACCAGGAAUUGUAUCAGAACAAAUUGGAUUUGCUCAACAAGAGAAUGACCAAGAUUGUCGAAGAAGGUCUAUUAAAGAGUGGUGCCUUUGCCGCUGUACGUGACGGUGUUGAAGAAUUGGAUGAUAUUGCAAACACCAUCAUCCAAGAAUCACAAAGUCUUGCAAAUAGCACCGACGCUACUACCAAGGAGAAACAAUUUGCUCUUCAUUCGUUGAUGACUCGUUUCAUUGAUCUCGGUCUCACCUACCGUGUCUCUCACUAUAGUCAGGAGCAACUCCAAAUUGCAUUCCUCUUUGGUACCCCAUGUGUCAGCGAAGAGACCAACAAGUCACUCCAAUCACGUUUCUUGGUCGAUCAAGCCGACGCCUAUUACUACCGUCUCAUUGCUCGUAUUCAUGUCAUGCGUGCCAAGUCACUCGAAUACAGCUCUGAUCUAUCGGCUCGUGAAGUUCAAAAGAUGAGCGGGUUUGUCGAAGUCCUACUCGACAUGAUUCUCAAGCAACGUUCAGAACUCAUCUCUCUUGCUCCACAUUGCUCUACUCUUGAAUCAUUCAUCUCUCUAUUUAAACAAUUCUCUACAGAUGAUAAUGUUGAAGGAGAAGAAGAAGAAUCAACAACAGAAAAUGGUGAUAUCCAACAACAACAAUCGUCAAUGUUUAUGCCAAAUCAAGAAUUCCUUAUUAAAUGGUUAUCAGAAAACCAAAACCUAUUUAAUCAUCUAAAGGAAACAAUGGAACAAAUUGAAUUACUUGUUCUAAAGUCAUUGGCAAGCUCUAUGAAUGGUCAUGCCAAGAGUACCAUCUUUGAAGCCAAGAAAUCAGUCUCCCAAGUCAAGGAAUCUAUAGAUAAGCACCUUUCAGAUCGUCGUGCUCUCUAUCAUACACUUGGACAAUCACUUCCAAUCCUUGGACGUUCAACCUUUGCUCUACUCCAAUCCAACGUUGAAACACUCACAUUGGCCAUCUCUCAAUUGGAGAAUAAUCCCGAUUUAGAAUGUCAUACUGCUCUCCAAAGAUGUCUGUCAAUCUUUAUCUCUUCAUCCAAAUCAUUUGUCGAGAAAUGGAAUGUUGACAUUACAGCUGCCAAGACCACAAUCCAACCACUCAACAAUAUGGAACCAAUUCAAUUAUUCUCUCAACAAUAUGAAUCAAUUGUUAAACAUAUUCUUUUAUCAAUUCAAAACAAAAAAUCUUUAUCUGAUACUAUUCAAUAUAAAGAAAAGAUUGAUGAAGAUAAGGAACAAGAAGAAUCGUCAGAAGAAAAGAAAGAAGAAUCAGAGGAAAAGGAAAUAAUUUAUGAAAUUCAAGAUGGACAUAUUGGAAAAAUGUAUACACUUUUGUCAAAACAUACAUAUUUGUUACAUUUGGAAGAAUUAAUUCCAAUGCUUAUUAGAAUUCAUGAUUUACUUUCAAGUGAUUCUAUUUCCCCGGAAUCAUUAAUUGUUGGCAAGAGAAUGAUGAUUCGUCUUGUACCACUUUUGGAACAAAUGCAACUUGUUGUAGACCAAUCGGUUACUGACCUGUCUGCCAUGCACAAGACCAUCUCCAAGCUCGAAUACAUCAUGUCAGGUGUAUUCACUCAACUCUUUACCAAAGGUUUCUGUAAAAAGGAGGAUGGCGAUGGCGAGGGUGAAGGUGGCGACGACAAUGGCAAGUUUGAAGACGAUGUCGAGGGUACCGGUAUGGGUGAAGGUGAAGGAAAGAAGGACGUGUCUGAUCGUAUCGAAGACAAGGAACAACUCAUGGGCCUUGAAAGCGACAAACAAGAAGAAAAGGACGAAGACAAGGAAGAAAAGGACGAAGACGAAGGCUUUGAUAUGGGUGAAGACGAAUUCGAAGGCGAUAUGCACGAUAUCAAGGAAAAGGACCAAAAGGAGGACGAGUUGGACAAGGACAAGGAGGAAAAGGAACACGACAAGGAAAUGGGCGAGCUCGAACAACCAGAAGACAACGUAGUUGAUGAAAAACUCUGGGGUGAAGAGGACGUCCAAGAUGAAGAAGAGCAAAAGGAAGAAGGAAAGGGUGACGACACCAACUCGGACGAAAUGAUGGGCAAGGAAGAAGACGAUGACAAGAAGAAGAAAAAGGACAAGGAGGAGGAAAAGAAGGAGGAAAAGAAGGAAAAGAACAAGGAAAAGCAGGAUACUGAAGAGACCCAAGAACAAGAAGAAGAAGAUGAAGAAGAGGAAGACGAAGAAAUGGGUCAGGAAGACGGCGAAAAUGUAACCAAUGAAGAACAAGAAGCUGAACAAAAUCAUAUGGAUACUAGAACCGAAGAUCAGUUUGAAUUGCCCGAGGAAAUGGAAUUUGACGAAGAGGAAGAAGAAGGUGAAGCUGAAGAAGGUGAGGAUGGAGAAGAAGAAGAAGAUCCAUUGGACAAGGACGGAGAAGUUGGUGAAUCUGGCGAUGAUGAAUCGGCCGAUGAAAAGGACCAACAAUCCGACGAUGAAAACGAUCCAGAAAAGCAAGAAGAUGAUCAAGAACCACAACAAGAUGAUCUCAACGUCCCACCCAAUGCUGCCGAUGUCGAAUCUAUCGAACCUGAAAAACCAGAAGAGGAGGAAGAAGAAAAGAAACAAGAUGAAGAAGGAACCUCGCUCACAUCAAACGAACAACAAAAAGAAGAGAAUGAACAGCAAGCCGAACAACCACUAGGAGUCAAGGACAAGUCUGGUACCAAAUCCGAUGUUUCCAACAUGGAAGACGAGAUGAAGGAAGACCAAUCCAACAAUGCCAACGAUGACAAGGGUCAAACCUUGCCAACUGCCCAAGACGACAACAAAAACUCAUCCAUGGAAAACAUGAGCAACGACGGUGGUGAACAACAAAUCCAAAAGAAACAAAACAAGCGUGUCGAUCCAAACCCAUACCGUUCAUUGGGUGAUGUCAAAAAGGAAUGGAAGAAACGUCUAAACAUGUUUGAUGACCAGCAACAACAACAGGAACAAAAGAACAAGGAAAAGGCUCCAAAACAAGAUGACAGCGCCAAGGAAAACAAAGAUCAAGAAUACAAAUUCCUCAACAAGGAUGAUGAUAAUCAAGACGCCGAUCAAGCUUUGGGUGCCGCUGAAGACAAUCAAAUUCAAGAUCUUCCCAAAGAAGCAAACAAACCAUCUGAUGGAUUGGAAGAAGAAGAUCAAAUGGACCUUGACGAUGACCAACAAGAACCUGAACAAGAAGAAGUCCAACAUGAAGAUGAUGCCAAGGAAGAUGAAGAUAAACCAAAGAUCUCUGGCAUGUCAAAGAUGAACAUGAUGGAAAAGAAAAUGAAACAAGAGGCUGAAAAGAAGGAAAUGAAGGAAUUGGACAAGGACCAACAAGAUCCAGAUAGUCUCAAUGCUAAAGAUAUUGAAGUUGCCGACAAGGACAAAGAAUCUUUAGCAAUGAAUGGUAGUCUCAAGGAAAAUGAAGAUGAAGAUGAAGAUCAAGAUGAGGACGCCGAAAUGAAGGAACCAGUUGAUAGAAAGAAAAUGUCUCGUGAAGAUUUUGAACAAAUGAGACAAGAUUUGGAAAAAUGGAAGUUGGACAAUCAAGGAAAACUUGAUUAUGGAUCAGGGUUGUGGCAGAAAUAUGAACAACUCACCAGCGACCUUUCACAAGAACUCUGUGAACAACUUCGUCUUAUUCUCGAACCAACACUAGCCACCAAGCUCCAAGGUGACUACAAAUCUGGCAAGCGUAUCAAUAUGAAAAAGGUUAUCCCCUACAUUGCAUCACAAUUCAAAAAGGACAAGAUUUGGUUACGUCGUACCAAGCCAAACAAGAGAACCUACCAAGUAUUGGUCGCUAUCGAUGAUUCAGAGUCUAUGGCUCUCUACCACAGCGGUCAAUUUGCCCUCGAAGCCCUUACCAUGAUUUCCCGUGCCAUGUCUCGUUUGGAGGUUGGUCAAUUGGGUAUCAUGAAGUUUGGUGAAGACGUUAACCUUGUUCAUCCAUUCGAUCAACCAUUCUCUGACCAAUGCGGUCCUCAAGUCAUCACUCAAUUCGAAUUCAAGCAACCAAAGACCGACUUGGUUACUUUCCUCGCAAAGAGUACUCAAAUCCUAGAAAUCAACAAACUAGCUCAAUCAUCUUCCUCUGGAGAUGCCGUUCAACUCAUGUUUAUCAUUUCCGAUGGUUGGAGUCUUCGUGAUCCAGAAAAUACAAAGAAACUCCUCCGUGAAGCAAGAAACAAAAAUAUCUUUAUUGUUUUCAUCGUAAUUGAUAAUCCAACAAAUAAUAAUAGUAUUCUAAAUUUCCAAUCUGUAUCAUAUGUAAAUGGAAAGAUUCAAACAACAAAUUAUUUGAAUGAAUUCCCAUUCCCCUAUUAUAUCAUUUUACGUUCACUUGAUAAUUUACCUCAAAUUCUUGGCGAUACCCUAAGACAAUGGUUUGAUCUUAUUAAACAAAUUUAA